AUGUUCACUGAACUUUUACCAUUUUGGACGAAAUACUGGUACCAUGUGCUAAUUAGUAUCAUAUUUUGUAUAUUUUUUAAACUAUUUUACCAAGUGUUUAAAAAGGGCACUAUUUUGAUAGAAAACAACAGACAUAAUUUUAACAUCUUUGAUAAUACCGUGGAGCAGCUAAAAGACAUUAAUCAGGAAACACUAGAAAAUAGUGAAGAAUCUGCACUACCAAUAAAUUUAAAACAUAUCCCUUAUAUGUAUAAGAGAGCCUCUGAAGAAGAGAUACUUUGUCGAGCUUCUAAGUUUUACAAAAUAAUAGCUGCUAGAAGAACUAUACGAUUUUUCAGUCCUGACCCUGUACCAAAAGAAGUCAUACAUGAGAUAAUAAAAGCUGCAGGUACAAUAUCAUGUAGUUACAUUCACAAAAUCUUUUAUACAUCUGACAAUGAGUCGAUUUUAGGCACUACGCCUAGUGGUGCGCACACAGAACCAUGGACAUUCGUAGUGGUAUCAAACCAAAAGGUAAAAGAACAAAUACGUCGUAUCGUUGAAAGUGAAGAAGAAACAAAUUACAAAAAGAGAAUGGGAGUAAAAUGGACAACCGACUUACUUCCAUUAAGGACAAAUUGGAUCAAAGAAUACCUGACUACUGCUCCUUAUUUAAUACUUGUGUUCAAACAAAUUUAUGGAAUUUUACCAAAUGGAAAAAAGAAAAUUCAUUAUUACAAUGAAAUGAGCACAUGUAUUGCUUGUGGUAUCCUCAUCACUGCUAUACAGUAUGCAGGUUUGGUAACUCUGACUUCUACUCCUUUAAACUGUGGACCUGCCAUCCGUACCUUACUUGGACGUCCUCUUAAUGAGAAGCUUCUUGUACUACUGCCAGUUGGUUACCCAGCAAAAGAUGCUACAGUACCUGAUCUUCAGCGAAAACCUCUUUCUGACAUUUUAGUAGAAAUUGAUUAA